AUGAAAGACAUAUUACCAAAAAAUGGGUGCACACAAACAGAAGAAGAACAGUUUUGCCUACAAGACAUUAACGCGAAAAAUGAGGAGGAUUACACUAGCGAACGUAACAGCCUACCUUACGUCUCUACCCAUCAUGGCGUAAAUAUAAGAAAGAAAAAGGUCGAGCCAGCGGGUUUUAUGUUUUAUGUAAAGUACGAAAUUGCUCUGUUAAAAGGGAAGAAGAAAAAGGCAAAGGAAGGUAGACACAUCCCUAUAGAGGAGAUAUUUCUCUAUAAAGAAAAAAUAGAUUACUUGAAUGAACUUAAAGUAAAGAAUGAAGCGGAAGAGGAACCCCACAGCGGGGAGGAGCAGGGUGGCGACCACAACAAAGAGAAGUCCACGAAAAAUAACAGGGACAAAAAUUACGAAGAUGACUAUGAUGAUCCGAACAACAUGGAUAGUAGCAAUAAGAAGAAACAGGAAAAGGCAAACAAUAAGAAGAGCUCCAAUUUAGUGAAAAGAUGCAUAAAUAAUAACAUAAAUGUGUAUGAGAUUUUAAGUGUAGAGGAGGCAGAUGAUUUAGAGACCAUAAAAGCGUCGUACAAAAAACUUAUAUUGUUAUUUCAUCCUGAUAAGAACAAGGGCACGAACUUUUUAAAUCAAAAGGAAAAGGAAAAGAAGAAGAAGAAGGAAAGGGAGAAGGGCAAAGACGGUAACAGAAACGAUGAUAAUGAUAAUGCUAAGGAAAAAGGGCAACAUGACAGCCAUGAGACCAGAAAGGACUUGAUGUAUUACAUGGAGAAAUACAACAUCGAAAAAUUAACCCCAGAAGAGAAAAAAAGCAUGUUCCUAAAAAUUCAAGACUCCUACGCCGUCUUGUCAGACAAGACACUUCGAAAACAGUAUGACAGUUCCAUCCCAUUUGAUGAAUACAUUCCAACACUAACCGAGCUGGAGGAGGCCCCCAACUUUUAUGAAUUCCUCAGACCAGUUUUUAAGAGAAAUGCCAAGUGGUCCGCUAAAAAACCAGUGCCGGACAUAGGAGAUGAACAUACAGAUAUCAAAACUGUAAAAUAUUUUUACGACUUUUGGUAUAAUUUUAUGAAUUGGAGAGAUUUCUCGUAUCAGAAUGAAUAUAACUAUGAAGAAGCGGAGUGUCGAGAGGAGAGGAGAUGGAUGGAAAGAGAAAAUAGAAAAAUCCAGAAAAAGGCUUCCAAGGCGGAAAAUUUAAGAAUUAUCAAAUUGGUAGAUUUAGCAUACAAUAACGACCCCAGAAUUAUUGCAGAAAAUAAGAGACUCAAAUUGGAGAAACAAAAGAAAAAAGAAUUCUCCAUUUUGGAGAAACAAAAAAAAACAGAUGCGACGAUGAACGAAAUGGAAAAGGAGAACCCCCCCAACCAACAGAGCAAUGAUAAAAAAAAUAAGGACAACAAAGCAGCUGUCAAAAUUUGGAGACACCAUAUUAAAUCGCUGUGCCUAACAAAGUUAGCAAAACAUGUAGACUCCGAUUUGGUACAGGAAAGAUUAUCCCUUAUGCCGUUUGAAACCUUGUGUGAAUUUAUAGACGACAUUUAUGUGUUUCUCAAUUUUAACCUGCACAAGGGGAAUCCUCUUUCUGUAGAAAAACCGACUGCGUCCAACGAUACCCAAGUUAGUAAGCAGUCACAAGGGGAGAAAUAUUCUACACACAAUGCACAGCGCAAGGGUGAUAGCAGUCCCCUAAUUAACACCAAUAAUGUUUGUGAAAAUAUGUCCACUAACUUGGUAGGGACAAACGGAAUUGUCAAGCAGGACUCAAAUGACACAGUGAGGGAGGACCCCCGCGAAUGCGCCAAAGCGGGCCUGUCCAACUACUCCGCGGGUUGCACAGAAGGCACUGACUAUACGACCAAGAAGGAGAAUAACAACACGUUAAAUGGACAUAUCGCUCGGAUCAGCAACUACAACCAUAAGGAUAACUUUAUCGUAGAGAAGGACAAGCAAAACCAAGCGAUAAAUGGCGACACCUCAAUUGAAAGCCCCCCUUGUGAAGUUAACCAUCUGCAUCACAGCAAAAUCCAAACAGGGGAAAGUGACCCACGAGUGGAAGUGCACCCCACUGGUAACAAACGAGAAGACGAACAAAAUAGGAACAAAUUAGUAAAUGCGGAGAAAGUACCCAACGGGGUGAAUUCAGGAGAGCCAAAACUUCCCGAAAGCGUUGAUUCCAAGAGGAGCCCCUCCGAAAACAUCGCCAUGCGCAAUAACACCAUGAGCAGUACCACGUGUAGCACGGCGAGCAGCACGACGCGCAAUCAGGUGGCGGGCCAAACGACCAGUCAAACACAGAACAGCAACUACGGUGGGGGAAACAGAACCACCGGGUUUAUAGGCCACCUGAAGAACAUAGAACUGGGGGACAAAGAAAUCGAGUUGUUAAUUCUGAUAUUUAAAAAAUACAUUAACCAAUUUACCCGUGUUAUGGAAGAGGAACAAAAAAAAAACUCGAAGGAGGCCCCGAGUACAACGAACAAAGACGAAAGGGAUGCACGGGUAGCAGAAGGGGGAACCAUGAAUAGUAGUCCCUCCCAUGUGCAUCAACAGGUUAACGAAAAUGUAAAGCUAAUGAAUGAACAGGGAAGUGGUCACGUUUCCGAAAAUGACAAAAAGAAGAAUGAUGAAUCGAGUAACACGUGCGGGAAGUGGACGGCCCAGGAAGUCUCCCUACUUGCGAAGGCAUUGAAGUCCUACCCAGGGGGAACCAGAAACAGAUGGGAUCUGAUUUCCAAUUUUAUAAAAACGAAAAGUGUGAAAGAAGUUAUAAAGAAGACAAAAGAAAUGUUCGAAAAUGAAACGUUAAAAAAUUUAAGCAGAAACUUUGAAGAAACUGCUUUUGAUAAUUUUAAAAAUCAAAAUAAAGGAGUGAUGAAAAAAAUCGAUGACAAUUUAGAUAAGAGGGAUGUAAAAAUGACAGCCGAGGAAAAAGAUAACUUAGAAAAUAAGUCGACAGAUAAUUUGACAGAUAAUUUAAAUGGCCACGCGGAGGUGAAGCGGCCAUGGACACAUCAGGAGCAGUAUUUGUUGGAACAAGCGCUGAUCAAGCACCCUGCGUCUUUACCGAAAAAGGAGAGGCUCCAGCUAGUGGCCUCUGAGAUAAAGACAAGGACGCUGGAGGAAGUUAUCCUCAGAAUGAAGACUCUCAGGGCACAGAUAUUAGCCAAGAAGGCGACGAAGUAG